AUGAAUGUAACUACAUUUGAAAAAACAACCACAAUCACAUGCAAUAAGAGCAAUGUCGGUCAAGCAUUCUAUUAUUAUAUUCCUGCCAGCUAUGGUUAUGUGUUAAGAGCAGCAUAUUGUGUCCAUCCAGAAAUAUUCUGCAGAACAGUUAAACUUCAUGAAAUGAAUUUUGUUGCUGAUCCAUUCGAUCCAAAUUCAGUCCAACUUCAAGAUCCAUAUAAAACACCAACUCCAACACCAAAGCCAACACCGAAUACACAAUCUUCAGGAGACUCAACAUCAAGCACAAAUGGAUCAGGUGAAUCAGGCAACAAUGACUCCAAAUCAAAUAAUGGAAAGAAAGGAAUCUCAUCUAAGGUGUGGAUCAUCGUUGGCGUCAUUAUCGGUGUAGUUGUUAUUAUCGCCCUUAUUGUCACUAUUAUUGUUUGCAAAGCCAAAGGCAGUAAGGAAACAGCAAGCGAUGACAAAAUUAAUAAGGAUUUCUUAGUAUAA